CCUCCACAUGCUGGGAAAUUGCUGUCUGUGUUAAAGCAUAUGCCUCAGAAGUAUGGUCCUGAUGCCUUUUUCAACUUCCCAGGGAAGAGUGCUGCAGCUAUUGCAUUACCUCCUAUAGCCAAAUGGCCAUACCAGAAUGGCUUUACAUUUCAUACGUGGCUCAGGAUUGAUCCUGUAAAUAACAUCAAUGUAGAUAAGGAUAAACCAUAUUUGUAUUGUUUCAGAACCAGCAAAGGCCUUGGUUAUUCUGCUCAUUUUGUUGGAGGCUGUUUGAUUAUAACAUCGAUAAAGUCGAAAGGAAAAGGCUUUCAACACUGUGUGAAAUUUGAUUUCAAGCCACAAAAGUGGUAUAUGGUAACCAUAGUACACAUUUAUAACCGAUGGAAGAACAGUGAGCUGCGAUGUUAUGUGAAUGGUGAGCUAGCUUCCUAUGGAGAGAUAACAUGGUUUGUCAACACCAGUGAUACCUUUGACAAAUGUUUCCUGGGCUCAUCAGAAACAGCAGAUGCUAAUAGAGUAUUCUGUGGUCAGAUGACUGCAGUUUACCUUUUUAGUGAAGCUCUUAAUGCAGCUCAGAUUUUUGCUAUUUAUCAGUUGGGCCUUGGAUACAAGGGUACAUUUAAGUUCAAAGCAGAAAGUGACCUUUUCCUUGCUGAGCAUCACAAACUUUUAUUGUAUGAUGGCAAACUCUCUAAUGCCAUUGCAUUCACAUAUAAUCCACGGGCUACAGAUGCCCAGCUUUGCCUCGAAUCAUCUCCCAAGGACAACCCUUCAAUUUUUGUUCAUUCACCUCAUGCACUCAUGCUCCAGGAUGUGAAGGCAGUUUUAACACAUUCUAUCCAAAGUGCUAUGCAUUCAAUUGGAGGAGUACAAGUACUGUUUCCACUUUUUGCACAGUUGGAUUAUAGGCAAUAUUUGUCUGAUGAGGUUGAUUUGAAUAUCUGUUCCACUUUGCUGGCUUUUAUCAUGGAGUUGUUGAAGAAUUCAAUUGCCAUGCAGGAGCAGAUGCUUGCUUGUAAGGGCUUCUUGGUAAUAGGAUAUAGUCUUGAAAAGUCUUCUAAAUCUCAUGUCAGCAGAGCAGUACUUGAACUUUGCCUUGCAUUUUCAAAAUAUCUGAGUAACCUGCAGAAUGGGAUGCCCCUUCUCAAGCAAUUGUGUGAUCAUAUUCUUCUUAACCCUGCUAUAUGGAUUCAUACUCCAGCUAAGGUUCAGUUGAUACUCUAUACUUAUCUGUCCACGGAAUUCAUUGGUACGGUUAACAUAUAUAAUACCAUUCGGAGAGUUGGAACAGUGCUGCUCAUCAUGCACACACUGAAGUACUACUACUGGGCAGUGAAUCCUCAGGACCGAAGUGGUAUCACCCCAAAGGGAUUAGAUGGACCACGACCUAAUCAAAAGGAAAUGCUUUCUCUACGAGCAUUUUUGUUGAUGUUCAUUAAGCAAUUAGUGAUGAAGGAUUCUGGAGUAAAGGAAGAUGAAUUGCAGGCCAUUCUCAAUUACCUACUGACUAUGCAUGAGGAUGACAAUCUAAUGGAUGUCCUACAGCUGCUUGUUGCAUUAAUGUCAGAACAUCCUAGCUCUAUGAUUCCUGCUUUUGACCAAAGGAAUGGGUUACGUGUUAUCUACAAACUUCUGGCAUCAAAAAGCGAAGGAAUCAGAGUACAAGCUCUUAAGGCCAUGGGCUAUUUUUUAAAACAUCUGGCCCCAAAGAGGAAAGCUGAAGUCAUGCUUGGGCAUGGAUUGUUUUCAUUGCUAGCUGAAAGACUCAUGCUUCAGACAAAUUUAAUCACAAUGACCACAUAUAAUGUGCUGUUUGAGAUUCUUAUAGAACAGAUUGGUACGCAGGUAAUACAUAAACAGCAUCCAGAUCCUGAUUCUUCAGUAAAGAUACAAAACCCUCAAAUACUUAAAGUAAUUGCGACCCUACUUCGAAAUUCUCCUCAGUGCCCAGAGUGCAUGGAGGUUCGCAGAGUCUUUCUUUCUGACAUGAUUAAACUUUUUAAUAACAGUAGAGAAAACAGGAGGAGCCUGCUACAGUGCUCUGUGUGGCAAGAGUGGAUGCUUUCUCUCUGCUAUUUUAAUCCUAAGAAUUCAGAUGAGCAAAAGAUAACAGAAAUGGUAUAUGCCAUAUUCAGAAUCCUACUUUACCAUGCAGUCAAAUAUGAGUGGGGUGGCUGGCGUGUAUGGGUAGACACCUUAUCAAUCACACAUUCGAAGGUCACUUUUGAAAUACACAAAGAAAACCUUGCCAAUAUAUUUAGGGAACAGCAGGGAAAAGUUGAAGAAAUAGGUCCAUGUUCUUCAAGUCCAAAUCAAGCAGUGUCUGAUGUUAGCAGGGAUGUUAAUGUUUCAGUGGGGUCCCAGCAAUCAGAUACGAAGGAGUCUCCUGUCUAUCUUCGUUUCACCAGAAAUAGUGAUGAAAAUUCAAGUAUGGAAAAGACAGUUUCAUUAGAAUCUGCGUCCACCAUUGAACUGCAAACUCAUAAUACAUCUAAUGAUGAUAUGAAAAUUGAGCAAGAAAAUCAGGAGUUACAGGAUGAAGACACUUUGGAAGAAACACUGACAAAUGAGACAAUGAAUGCAGGUGAUUUAGAAGUAUCUUCAGACAUAGUGGAAGCUGUGACCAUUUCCUCUAGUUCUUUUAAAAUAACUGGCCAAGAUACUGUGACUGUCAGUGAAGUAACUGCAUCUGUAAGUUCCCCUUCAGAAGAGGAUGCUUCAGAGAUGCCAGAAUUCUUGGAUAAGUCUAUAGUAGAGGAAGAGGAAGAUGAGGAUUAUGUGGAACUGAAAGUAGAAAAUAGUCCAACUGAGGAAGCCAGGCUAACCACAGAGCUCCAAGAUAACAGUUCAUCUCCAACUGCAUCUGGAGCCAGUGAAAGACUGGACAUGUUUGGUAAUGAUUGCAAAUUAGUAUUUCAAGAGAAAGAACCUGUGACUGAAAAGCAGAAUGACACUGAAACUCAAGAUUCUAAAGAUUCCGGAAUCCUGACGAUGACAGCAUCAGGGUCUUCAGCUACCUCGCCAGAAACUGCUGUUUCCCAAACUGCUGUACAAUCAGACAUCAGUCAGAUGGAGGAGGGAGGGGAGAAAACAAUUGACCUUACUAGGGAAACCAAAUUAAUGAGCGAUUGUCAUGGUAAUGUCUUCGAGACUUCUGCUACUUCAGAGCUUAAGAUUGCCAAGUUGGAUGUUUCCAGUGUUGCUACAGAUACCGAGAGAUUGGAAUUGAAAGCCAGUACAAACGUGGAAGUGCCUCAGCCUCAACGAUAUGUGCAUGAGAUGUCAAGGCAACAGGAGCAGCCAUGGCAAGGAAUAGCACCAGAUGCGGUAAAUGGACAAAGGAGGGAUUCCAGAAGUACUAUGUUUCGUAUUCCUGAGUUCAAGUGGUCUCACAUGCACCAACGUUUGCUCACUGAUCUAUUAUUUUCAAUAGAAACAGAUAUACAGAUGUGGAGAAGCCACUCAACAAAGACAGUUAUGGACUUCGUGAAUAGCAGUGAUAAUAUCAUCUUUGUACACAACACAAUUCAUCUCAUCUCUCAAGUGAUGGACAAUAUGGUCAUGGCUUGUGGGGGUAUACUGCCAUUGCUUUCAGCUGCUACAUCGGCUACACAUGAGCUGGAGACUAUUGAACCUACUCAAGGCCUUUCGAUAGAAGCCUCUGUGACGUUUUUGCAGAGGCUAAUUAGCCUGGUGGAUGUGCUUAUAUUUGCAAGUUCUCUUGGGUUUGCUGAAAUUGAAGCUGAAAAAAAUAUGUCAUCUGGAGGAAUUUUGCGACAGUGUCUCCGACUGGUGUGUGCAGUGGCAGUAAGGAAUUGCUUAGAGUGUCAACAGCACUCACAAUUGAAAACAAGGGGAGAUAAAGGCUUGAAAACAAUGCCGAGCCUUAUUCCCUCAGGGACAUCUGCAGCAAAGAGUCCUGUGGACAUAGUGACUGGUGGUAUAGCUCCUGUAAGAGAUCUUGACAGACUUCUACAAGACAUGGAUAUUAAUCGGCUUAGAGCAGUUGUUUUCAGAGACAUAGAGGAUAGCAAACAAGCUCAAUUUUUAGCCUUGGCAGUUGUAUACUUUAUCUCUGUUCUUAUGGUCUCCAAGUACAGAGACAUUUUGGAACCCCAGAAUGAAAGGCAUAGCCAGUCAUGUAAGGAAACUGGUGGUGAAAAUGGGAAUGUGUCACUCCCUGAAAACACCUCAGCAGCCUUCAGCACUUUAACUCCAGCAUCGGUGGAAGAAUCUGAAAGCACAUCAUCUGCUCGAAGGAGGGACUCAGGCAUUGGGGAGGAAACAACUACUGGUUUAGGGGGCAGUGUGGAUGUAACACCUCAUACAGCACCUUCUAGUGUCAUCGCAGGCCCAGAUGCAAUCAGUGAGGUACUGUCCACUCUUUCCUUAGAAGUCAAUAAAUCCCAGGAAAUCAAAAGUGACGGAAGAAAUGAGUUGGAUCCUAAGGCUACCCCGUCAGUUUCAGUUUCAAAAAAUGUCAACGUGAAGGACAUUCUCCGAAGCUUGGUUAACAUACCAGCAGAUGGAGUCACAGUGGAUCCUGCCCUUCUGCCACCAGCCUGCCUUGGAGCCCUUGGUGAUCUAUCUGUUGAACAACCUGUGCAGUUCAGAUCUUUUGACAGAAGUGUCAUCAUUGCAACAAAAAAGUCUGCAGUCUUACCUUCCACACUUACUACAAGUAUGCCUACCAGUGCUGUCAGUGUGGUUUCUUCAGUAGAUUCAGCCCAAGCUUCAGAUGUGGGAGUAGACUCACCAGGCAGUAGAUCAUCUAAUGCAAAAUUACCCUCAGUUCCAACAGUUGGAUCUGUUUCGCAAGACCCGGUUUCAAAUAUGAGUAUUACAGAGAGACUUGAACAUGCUUUGGAAAAGGCAGCUCCUCUUCUACGAGAGAUUUUUGUGGAUUUUGCACCUUUUCUUUCUCGAACACUUUUGGGAAGCCAUGGACAAGAACUGCUUAUAGAAGGAACAAGUUUGGUUUGCAUGAAGUCUAGUAGUUCAGUUGUGGAGCUGGUUAUGCUACUGUGCUCUCAGGAGUGGCAGAAUUCUAUUCAGAAGAAUGCAGGCCUUGCUUUUAUUGAACUUGUCAAUGAAGGAAGGUUGCUUAGCCAAACAAUGAAGGAUCAUCUGGUGAGAGUAGCAAAUGAAGCUGAAUUUAUCCUGAGCAGGCAGAGAGCAGAGGACAUUCACAGACAUGCAGAAUUUGAGUCGCUGUGUGCCCAGUAUUCUGCAGACAAACGAGAAGAUGAGAAGAUGUGUGAUCAUUUGAUAAGAGCAGCAAAAUAUCGAGACCAUGUGACAGCUACUCAACUAAUCCAGAAAAUUAUCAACAUUCUCACAGACAAGCAUGGAGCCUGGGGAAAUUCUACAGUAAGUCGUCCUCGUGAGUUCUGGCGCCUUGACUACUGGGAAGAUGACUUGCGGCGCCGGCGACGAUUUGUGCGUAACCCUCUAGGAUCGACACAUCCUGAAGCGACACUAAAAACAGCCGUGGAGCAUGCCGCAGAUGAAGAUAUCCUUGCUAAAGGAAAACAGUCCAUCAAGAGUCAGGCUUUAGGAAAUCAGAACUCAGAGAAUGAGAUCCUCUUGGAAGGCGACGACGAUACUCUGUCAUCCGUGGAUGAGAAAGAUUUAGAGAAUCUUGCCGGUCCUGUUAGCCUGAGCACACCAGCUCAGCUUGUGGCCCCCUCGGUUGUAGUAAAGGGCACUCUUUCUGUCACCUCCUCCGAACUCUAUUUUGAGGUGGAUGAAGAGGAUCCUCACUUCAAAAAAAUCGACUCCAAGAUCCUGGCAUAUACAGAAGGACUGCAUGGAAAAUGGCUAUUCACAGAGAUACGAUCAAUCUUUUCUCGUCGUUAUCUUUUGCAAAAUACAGCCCUGGAAAUCUUUAUGGCAAACAGAGUUGCUGUAAUGUUCAACUUCCCAGACCCUGCGACAGUAAAGAAAGUAGUUAACUAUCUACCUCGUGUUGGCAUUGGAACGAGUUUUGGAUUGCCUCAAACCAG